UGACCCCACAGGCCCCCUGCUCCCCGCACUCGGAACCCGCCCUCCUCCCUCUGGAACCCCAGAACUUCCCUACCCUAACCCUCCACCUGCCCACCCCUCUCCCGCCGGGAAGAGCUGCUCCCCUCCCCUUGGAACUCCUUAAAUGUCUCUCUUCUCUGGUCCCCGGCGUGUCCCUCCAGCCUAGUUCUGUCUCCCCACCCCAGACCUGUCUCCCCCAACUCCAGACCCCCUCACACUCACACCUACCCCCCCACCCCUGACCUAUCCUCCCACCCAGAUCCUCGCCCCCAGACCUACCCUCUCCCAGACCUGUGGCCCCACCCGGGCCUCCUCAUCCCCGGCCUGUUCACUGAGGUCCACCUACCCUGAGACCUGUCCCUCACCUGGAUCUCCCCACCCAGCCCUGCCUGCUGACCUUGCUCCCUCGUGCCCCUCUCCCAGCAGGUGCCGACAGCCUGAAGGAGGAGCCGGAGGCCAUCAUGGAGCCAGGCCAGAAGCUGUCCUCUGCCUUGUCGGAUGGAGAAGAAAACAGUCUGCACCCGCCUUUGCUUCCCAGAGUCGGGCAGCGCUCAGACGGGCUGUCCCCGCUGUCCUCAGCCUUAAGUGGGCGCGAGGCCAAGGUCACAGUACCCGGGAUUGAACCCAGGGACUUGCACAUGCUAGAAUCAAAGCAAGGAGUUUCCCAAGCGUCCGCAUCUUCCCCCAAACUGGACAGAUACAAAAUGGCAAGGCAGUUGACAGAAAACGCCAUCAGGGAAAAGAAGAUUUUCUCCAUCUAUGGACACUACCCAGUGAUCCGGGCUGCUCUGCGGAAGAAGGGCUGGGUGGAGAAGAAGUUCCACUUCCUUCCCAAGGCCCUUCCCAGUGUGGAGGUCGGAGGGGAAGGGGCCGCUGAUAACAAAUGCACUGACAUCAAAGAAAACCAAGCAAUAGCCCUGGAGAAGAUGGAGGACAUCCACAGUGUGAUGUCUAGGUUGGUAAAGAACGAGAUGCCGUACCUUCUCUGGACUAUCAAGAGGGAUGUGGUGGACUACCACAGCCUGACCUAUGACCAGAUGCUGAACCACUACGCCAAGACCGCCUCCUUCACCACCAAGAUCGGGCUGUGUGUGAACAUGCGAAGCCUGCCAUGGUACGUCCAGGUGAACCCCGACUCCUUCUUCCCGCGCUGCUACAGCCUCUGCACUGAGAGCGAAAAGCAGGAGUUCCUGGAGGACUUCCGGCGCACGGUGGCUUCUAGCAUCCUCAAGUGGGUGGUCAGCCACCAGAACUACAACAGAAACAGGCCCAGGAGGCGGGAGGAGGCCAGGCAAAGCGACACUGGCCCCAGGAAAGAUCCUGAGGAUGCAGAUGAGAAGUUCAGGGGCCUCUCGGGGCAGCUUGUGGACACAGCCUGCAAGGUGUGCCAGGCCUACCUGGGGCAGCUGGAGCACGAGGACAUCGACGUGUCCGAGAGCAGCAAAGAGGAGCUCUCCGAGGAUGAGUGGAAUGACCUGAUCCAGCAGUACUACUCCCUUGUCCACGGCGAUGCUUUCAUCUCCAGUUCAAGGAGUUACUUUUCGCAGUGCCAGGCUCUGCUGAAUAAGAUCACUUCUGUGAACCCCCAGACAGAGAUCGACGGGCUCCGGAACAUCUGGAUCAUCAAACCUGCAGCCAAGUCCCGGGGCCGAGACAUAGUGUGCAUGGACCGGGUGGAGGACAUCCUGGAGCUGGCGGCUGAGGAACUGCCCAGCAAGGACAACAAGUGGGUGGUGCAGAAGUACAUCGAGACGCCCAUGCUCAUCUAUGACACCAAGUUCGACAUCAGGCAGUGGUUCCUCGUCACAGACUGGAACCCCCUGACCAUCUGGUUCUACAAGGAGAGCUAUCUGCGGUUUUCCACACAGCGCUUCUCCCUGGACAAUCUUGACAGUGCCAUCCACCUGUGCAACCACUCCAUCCAGAAGCGGCUCCGGAAUGACCAGGGGCGCAGCCCACUGCUGCCUGGCCACAACAUGUGGUCCAGCUCCAGGUUCCAGGAGUACCUGCAGAAGCGGGGCCGUGGGGCCAUGUGGGGCAGCGUCAUCUACCCCUCCAUGAAGAGGGCCAUCACCAACGCCAUGAAGGUGGCCCAGGACCACGUGGAGGCCCGCAAGAACAGCUUCGAACUCUACGGCGCGGACUUCAUCCUCGGGCGGGACUUCAAGCCCUGGCUGAUCGAGAUCAAUUCCAGUCCCACCAUGCACCCAUCCACACCCGUCACGGCCCAGCUCUGUGCCCAGGUACAGGAGGACACCAUCAAGGUGGUGGUGGACCGCAAGGUCGACCGCAACUGUGACAUCGGCAACUUUGAGCUUCUAUGGAGACAGCCCGUGGUGGAGCUGCCGCCCUUCAACGGAUCCGACCUCUGCGUGGAGGGCAUCGGCAUGAAGAAGGCCAAGAGGCAAAUGCCGCCCAUUACCAACUUCAAUUUCCCGGCUUCCCUCUGCGACGCUCAGCUACUCAAAGUGCGGUGCCCCUCGGCCGUGCCGGGCCUGGCGGGCGGCGCUCCGCGCGGGGCUGGGCAGGACUGGAAGCGGGAAGACGCGAAGGCGCUCUGCUCCCCGCUGCCCGCGCCCCCGCAGCGGCCGGCAGAGGAAGCUGCAGAGCGAAGCUGCAGAGCGAGGCCGGCGCACGCCGAGGCGGGCGGGAAGCUCGCGCUGCCCGCCUGCGCCUGCCCGCGCGCGGACAGUAAGGCCCCCAAGAGCACCUUCUCCAAAGCGCAGCCCGCCGAACUCGUGGAUGCGAGCUCGCUGAGCGUGCGCCCCCUGGCGCCCGCGCCGCAGAGCGCCAAGUCGGUGCAGACCUCGCUGUCCCCAAGGCCACCCGCAGCCGCAGGUGAGAUGCGCGCUCAGGACUGUGUCCCCGGUCACCUGUGCUUGUUUGGUGAUUGCAGCGGCUGUGUCUUGAAGGGAUGGGACUGGGGCAUCAGCAUGAGCUUGGGAGCGGGAUUGGGGGCAACUGGCACCCAGCAUGGGGUCUCUGGUGGAGACAGUGCUGGGAGCAGCAAUUCCAGUGUCCCCCGCCCUGGGCCUCGGUGGGCGGUGCCCUGUCUCUCUGGAUGUAGUGCAGAUGGGUUUGUGCCAGAGUGUUUGAACAGAGCCAGGCAGGGGAAAUGUCACUGGACCCACAGCUUCCCAAAGCGGCGGAACCACCAGGCUCUGGCCUGGGUUCCUUGAAGGUUCUGAUAGAGCCAAGUCGUGCCUGAGAUGGGCAGUGUGGCUGGACUGUAUCUGCACGCUAGUGCUGCCCCGAGUGUAGCCAUGAGACCCAGGGCCAGCCAGCCCCCACCUGUUCUGGCUGGUGCACUCCCCUCCCACUGGCUGUCCCCUCCAUGGUCAGUCUGUCUGUCUGACUUUACCUGGUCCCUCCCAGCAGCCCUCCUGGCCAUGCCAGUCUCCCCUAGAUGGGAAGCUCUGGGCAGGGCUGCUGCUCUGUCUCCUCCUCUGUAUCCCCAGUGCCUGGGAUAUGCCCGGCUCCCAGCAGGUCUGCUGGACAUGCGGAUGCACGGAUUGCCCGUGGGGGCUCCAGGCAGGAGCAGCACCAUACCUCUGCAGGGCCGGCAGUGCCCCUGGAGGAUACUGCCAGCCCUUUGUCCUACCUGUCACCAAGGCCUGUCUGUCCUACUGCCUGGUGCCUGGCAUCCCAGUGUGGGUGACUUCCAGGCUUACAUUAUUAAGAAGGUGUCUCCCGGAAGACUAAGGGGCCUCCACGGGCCUGGGGGAAAGGUCAGUUGACAGACAGCUGUACCUUAGCUGGGUGUGUGAACUGCCUAACGUACCACAGCCUGAGAACAACAGACACUCUCUGCUCUGGAAGCCAGAGUGUCGGCAGGACAGUGGGGGCUCCAGGGAGGCUCCCUCCUGCCUCCUCCAGCUCCCAGGGCUGCUGGCUGCAUCACCCCCUUAGGUCUGUCCCCAUGCACACUGCCCCUGUGCCUGUACGUUCAGAAUCCCUCACAAGGACAGCAGUUGGGCCUACCUGCUCCAGCAUGACGUCAUUCACUGAUUACAUUGGCAAAGAUUCUGUUCCUAAAUAAGGUCACCUCCACAGGUUUUCCAGAUGGACGUGAACUUGGGGGACACUGCCAACCCAUUCCCUGGGUGCUGCAAGCAGCCCAGGGAGCGGGCUGGUCUGCACUCUGACCACCACUGCAGCGGCCACUGCUCCCGACACCUCAGCACGGGCCUCUCUGUGGUGUACAGUGGGACUCUGUGUCUUCCUACUCACAAAUGGAAUGCAAAUCGCUCUUUCAGACACUUGGUGACCACGUAGGUUUCCUGCCCUGGAACGUGCCCGUCCACUGCUCCAUGAGUGCUGCUCUUUCUCUUCAUGCGCAGUUUCCUCUCAGCUGACUUUGAUUGCAGAGACCUUCUUCCACCCGUGUGCUGUCUUUGCACUCCUUCGGGGUGUCCUUUGAUGCAAGCAUCAACUUCCUAAGUCAGGUGAUUUCUUGGCACAUUGACUGGAGUCCUUGCUCCAGGGUCACGGAGGUGACUUCCAGAGGAGUCUUUCAGCAGAUUGCUGCUGCCUUUUAUCCCUAGGUCUCCUGGAACUGGCUUGUAGUGUCCUACAGGUCAGGGUCUAGGUGACUUUUGUGGGUGCCGACAGGCCCCUGUGGGAAAGCCCCUCCCCGCUCUUGGGCACACAUCCCUCCGUGACUGGUGUGCGCCCAGUUGGCCUGCUGCGUGGGUCUGCUCUGCCCUGGGCCUGCAUCCCCCAGGCAGGUCCCAGCCUCCUCUGCCGGGUUUCUGUUCUCGCGACAAAAGGCUCAGGGGUCACUCCAGUUAAACUGGGCUAACUGGGCUGCACGAAAUAACCGCACAAGAGACACAAAUACCUUUUUCUUUGGGGUUGCUGUGACAGCUCCUCUGAUCUUAAGGGUCCGCAGAAAGAGAGAGAGAGAGCGAGAGCACGCGCUGACCCCUUUUAUUGAGGAGAAGCUAUUCAAAUGAGGCAAGGGGUCAGGUUUCAGGGGGCUGAGUCUAUCUUCAUGAUGUCCACUGUCAGCAGGUUGACUGACACCUGGGUAGGCCACACCCAAGGGUACAGUAAGAGAAGGGGACACACACAGGCACUUCCAUGGAAGAUUCUAUCCUAAACAGGGCAAGGGGUUAGAUUACAAAGGAACAGGUGAGCAUAGCUUCACCCAUGGGGCUGUAGCAAGACACACCCAUUUCUGUGACUGAGCGCCUCAGCACCCAGCUGGGGAGUGUAACUCAGUCAUCCGUAAGGUUGGCCUCCCACACUCCUCCUCCCUGGACAGGCCCUGAGCUCCUUGCGCUCUAGACAGAGUGCACAGAGGAGCACCAGCAGUGAGACGGCUGAGGCUCUCACUGGGGUUAAAUCAGACUCACGUAUUAAUUUGGGAAGGGCCGAGUCCUUGGCGGCCGAGUCUUCCAGACUGUGAACACUGGGUGGCUCUCCAUUUGUUGAUCCCUCAGAGUUUUCAAUAAACCCCUGUAGUUCUCUUUGUAAUGCUCUUGCUCUCUUUUGGGUAGAUUUAUUUUUCUUUUUCCUCUAUUGUAAAUGUUCCCUCUUGUCAAAAUUUUAUUAUAUCUACAAAUACAGCUGGUUUAUAGAAAUGGAGUUGAUUUUUUAAAUCCAGUCAUCUCACUGGACAUUUUUGUCAGUUUUACGGAUUAAUAUUCCCUUGGAUUUUUCACAUAGGCGAUUAUAUCGUCUCAUGAAUUGUCUUUACCCUUAUCAUCGUCGUACCUCUUUUCCUUACUUAAUCACCUGGCCAGGACUCUAUCUGAUUCGUCCAUUCAUUCCUCUCUCACUCCGGGGGCCUCAGGGGCACAUGCUGUGGCUGAUGGCAGUUCUCAGUUCAUGAAACACUCUGUUCUUGCUGGGCUGUUUUUCAUCUCAGUCACUGUGAUAAAGUAAUGAGCUGCUGCCGCAGCGACCUCGGCCCAUCACGCCCUCCUGCUUUGCUUUUCCGGGCACCCUUGGUGUGAGCGCCGCCUGGCAGUGGAGCGGGACUCCCAGCACUGAGCCGCCAUUCCUACGCCCACCAGUCUUGCCUGUGCGUCCCUUUCUGAUUCUCGUUAUUGAGCCUAUGUGCUCUCUUUUUGAGAGACCCCAGCCCAAUAACUUUAGGCCCAGUAACAAAUCACCAGGGCUUGCUUCCGCACCUGCACAGACGUCAGAUGUAUUUUUCAGAAAAUCAGUUAAGUGUAACCGAUUAAGAAAGGACAGGAUGGUUGGGAAAGGAGCCGGCACGGUUGGGCAAACGGGAUCAUACAAUGAAAAACCAUACAAUGAAUAACAAAUGGUUUUUAUGUGGUUUUUCCAGGAACCUAUAGUGAAAAACAAGUUUACCCUUUAAGUGACCUAUAUGCUGGAUUCAAAAGAGCCAAUGAGAUACCUGUUACUGUGCUAGGAGGGAAACUGACCACUGUACCCUAUAAAAGAUCUGUACCCCAAAGCCCGGUGUGCCAGUUCACCGAAGCUCCGGCUGAGGUUUCGCUGAGCACCCGCAGGCGCCUGUGUAGCAAUAAAUCACCUCUUGCGUUUGCA